UAUCGAUAAUUGCAGCAACAACAAACCAAUACGUAUGGCUGUAUGUUGUCUGUGGCGGCAACGCAUCAAAUAAGAUGGAGAACGCUCUGUUUUCCAACAUCAAGAAGUUAUACGACCACGGCCUAUACGAAUGCGUUAUUCCAUCGGGCAGGCAAAUCCUUGAUUGACCCACACACACACACACACUCACGCACACUCCCACACUCACGCACUCACACACACACACACACACACUUGGGUAUUGCAGGCUAGUCUGUUGUGCACACUGCUGCAAAAUGAUCGGAAUGUGGCCACACUGGAGAUGGAGUACCAGGCAAUGCUCUAUCUAAGCAAUGCCAACUACAAGCAGCACAAUUAUCGCACCGCCUGCAAUCAGCUGGAGGCUGUUGUCCUGCAGCGCAAGGCGAUGCUGCGCUUCAAGAGCAGCUAUCUGACGGCCAUCGAGAGCUCCUAUCCGCAGUUUCAGGACGCAGAGCUGCGCUACAAGAUCGCCGUCUGCUACCGGGAACUGGGCGAAUAUAAUAUGGCCAUGAGCACACUGCAGGCGGUUAAGACACGAACGCCACGGCUGAACAUGUUGCUGGCCCGGCUAAUGCAUCAUCAUGGGCGCGGCGUCAGCAAGAAGGAGAUCGCGCUGGCGUUCAAGGAUGUGCUGCGCGAGUGUCCCAUGUCGUUGACAUCCAUCGAGGCGCUCAUCGAGCUGGGCAUCGAUGGCAGCGAGGUGCAUUCCAUGGUGGUAAAUGCCGCCGCGUUGCCGAAGAACAUCGAAUGGCUGAGCAGCUGGAUCAAGGGGCAUGCACAGAUGUACGGCUGCAAGCAUCGGGAGGCGGCGCAGACAUUUCAACAGCUGAACGAUACGAGCCCGUUCCGGCAGAACGAGCAUCUGCUGACGAAGAUUGGCCAGUGCAUGUACUACUAUGGCAAUUUCAUCCGGUCGGAACAGUAUUUGGCCAUGGCCAUAAUGCACAAUCCGCACAACCUGAACGCCCUCUGUCCGCUGGCCGUUGUCUACGAGUUCAACAAGAAGAAGCUCGAGCAGGGCAAGCUAAUUGCCCCGCUGGAGAUACGGACAACCGGGGAGUUUAGCUCGUCGCACUGGUUCCUGCACGCCCAGCUCUCCUAUAUGAAUUCCAAAUACGAUCGAUCGCUAAUCUUCACGGAGCGUGCUCUGGCCAUGGAUGCGCGCAACAUUGAGGCGCUGCUGCUGCGCGGCCGUCUAUUUGGCGGCCUGGGUCGCCACAAGGAUGCAAUCGAUGUAUUCCGCAGCGCACGCUGCCUGGCCCCAUACAGAUUCGAGGUGUACAAGGGCCUGGUCGCCUGCUUUAUACGCUUGAAGUGGCUAAAGGAGGCGCAGACCAUGUGCGCCUUGGCCGUCCGACAUUUCCGGACAUCGCCGCGCAGCUAUACCAUGUUCGGCGGCACAUUGUUCCAUUUGGCCAAUCCGGGCGCCAAGAAGAGCGCACGCAAAUUUGUGGAGAAGGCGCUCCAGAUCGAUGAGCACUAUGCGCCCGGCAUUGCACUGAUGGCCAGCAUUUAUCAGGAUGAGGGCGACACCCAGGAGGCGAUUGUCUUGCUUAGGAAACAGGUCGCCAAUCAUCCGCAUCCCAAACUGUUUGCCAUGCUCGCCGAGCUGCUCAGCGUCGACAAGGAUCUGGAUGCGGCGCUUCACUAUUACACACUGGCGCUCAGAUUGGAUCCAACAUUUCAACGCGCCUUGGAUGGCAUCAAUUCGCUGACCAAGGCGGCCCGCACAGGCAAGCCGAGCGACAAGGCCAGCGAGUCGGCGAGCAGCUCAAGUGUCGCCGCUGGCGAUGGCAGCAAUCCGGGCACCAUGUCCAGGCCGUGCACCACGCCCAAUCAUGAAUGGCUGCUGGACUGCGAUGAGGCCUCCACCGAGGCCCUGGAGCUGUCCUCGCCGGCUGGCCCGCCGGACGAUGUUGAAUCGGAUGCGUUCUCCGAGCCCUUCUGGCAGGAUGUCGAUGGGGAGCUAACUAACUAACUAAUUUGGCAAUGUCAACGCCCCUGCCACGCCCCCCCGUUUUUAUGUUGAAUCUCUUGCGUUGCAUUCCCAAUUAGCCAUAUCUCAUGUAAAUUCCAAACACUUGCAACAUUUAUUUUAAUUUUUUUUUUCUUUUUGUAUUUAUGCGCCAAACCAAAUUCUCAUUAUCAUGAAAUGUAUUUAUUAUUUGUUUGUUUGUUUUUUUUAUUUUGAUUUAAUUUAUUUUCACUCAGCAUAGAUCUGAGCGGUACAUCCACCUAAAUAUCUCAAGACAUACACGAAAGUCAGCCAGAUUUCAUAAUGUAAGCUAAAUAGAUUUUAUGUGUUUUAACUAUAAAGUUCCAAGUGUUAAAAUAAAGCAAAACUAUUAGAAAACUAA